AUGUCGACUUCUCCCACUCUCGUCUUCACCAGCUCCGACGGUGUCGACAUCACGGUUGAUCGUGAUGUCGCCGAGCGCUCUCUCCUUAUCAAGAACAUGCUCGAGGACUUGGGUGAAACCGGAGAAGCCAUCCCUAUCCCCAACGUCAACGAGGCCGUCCUGAAGAAGGUGAUCGAAUGGUGCACCCACCACAAAAAUGACCCUCCCAGCACCGGCGACGACGAUGAUUCCCGCCGCAAGACGACUGAUAUCGACGAGUGGGAUCAGAAAUUCAUGCAGGUUGACCAGGAAAUGCUUUUCGAAAUCAUUCUGGCUGCCAACUACCUCGAUAUCAAGGGCCUUUUGGACGUCGGCUGCAAGACCGUGGCGAACAUGAUCAAGGGCAAGUCCCCCGAGGAGAUUCGCAAGACCUUCAACAUCCAAAAUGAUUUCACUCCGGAAGAGGAGGACCAGAUCCGUCGUGAGAACGAGUGGGCCGAGGAGUAA